CAGCAGGUUGGCUUUUAUAUAGAUGUGGUGUUUGGUUUUGUUGUAGAUUAUACAUUUGUCUUCUCCAUAAUUUUCUUUAUUUAUUUUUUUAAAGUACCUUCUAAGGCCAUAGAUAUAGUUGCUUUUACCUUUUUCACAUUUUUAAAAUGCAAAGAAUCCCUUUUAGACAACCUUUUUAGCUAAGUGAAGGACAGAAUAUGAUGGCAUCUUCUCAAUUCUCAGAGUUGCUGUGAGUUUCUCACCCUAACUUAAUGAAGUUCCUUCAAAGCAUUUGACUGGAAUGAAUUAACAUUACAGGCAAUCAGUUUUUCUUUUUUACAUUUUUAAAAUAUAUAUUUUUCAACUAUAUAUUUUUUUUUAAUCAUAGUACUCAAAAUUGUCGAUUACUUUUAGACAGUGUCAUUUUUGUUUUUUAGUAUAGUGCACACAUUACAUUUGUUCCUUUCCCUGUAUUUCUUUUUAGUCCCACUGUCCUUUGCAGUACACUGACCUUUAAUCAGAGGUCAGCCCCUCCGCUUUCAGGAAGAAAGGCUGGAGUAUUUUUAUUUCUUAAAUUCACAAUGAUUAAAACCUCGGCUUUGCAUUUUCAUAUAUUUCAACCUGGAGGGAAAAUGCUGGCUCGGUCUUUGAAAUAAAUAUGAACUGAUAAGAAGCUAGUUUAUCUUUGAAGUGCACAAGAUAAGAUGGUUUCUAACCUAAAUGCUGUACUCCUGUAUUGUAUAUCAAGUGUCAAGUGACAAUGUUUUCCUCAGUUUGCUGUCAGUAAAGUUGCUGCCAGUGUGGGUUGUCUUUUUCUUUCUUUCUUUUCCUCCCAGCGAGUAAUUUCAAUUUGUCACUUUUAAAAUUUGUAUUUAUUACAGGGGGGAUACCUUUUGUUGGGUCAAAUCUGGAUAUAUGGAGUUGUCCUGGUUACAGGCCAUCUUAUUUCAUGCUAGAGGGGGUAAAGGAGUGUGGAGGAGCAUCAGGGUUUCACAGGCUCCCCGGCUCUAUCGCUCCGCCCCCCGCGCGCUUGCUGAGGAUUGGUGGAGUAUGCGCGCUCAGAGCUGUCUUCCUGACCAUUCAGCUUCAUUUAGCUCAGGCUCAAGCACAUUCCUAAUGUGCUUUUGAUGUGCAAAUGCAUCAGGUUUUUUUUUGUUUUUUUGACUGGCAGAAUAACUUUCAUGAUUGUCCUUCUUGAUAUCCACUCGUCUCAAAUUGCGUGUUAAAUUGUGUGGGUUUCUACGAAACUCUUUCCCCAGUGCCUUACAGUAUUUGAAGUAGUGUCAGGCAGACAGCUCGCUAUCUGUACUCCACCGCCUGCGUCAGAUGCUGGGUUAGAAAGUCAGACGUGCGCGCAGCAACAGCGAUGACCUCUUUAUUUCAGAACUGUGGAGGCUUCUAGAUACAAGUAAUUAAACAACAGACUUUUUUUCCCUACCCAUUGGCCAGGAUUCAAGAAAGCAGGCCAGGAUAAAGAAAUCAAAGUUUUAAAAUUAUUUCAUGAAACUGCUAGAAUAAUAAAAGAAAGCAAUGAUUAAUAUUUCUUCCCUUUUCCUUCAAAUAUGUAAUAUUAUUCCCAAAGUGGGAUCAGUUCAUUUGGGCAAGAUCAAGCCAGUAACUGCCCUCCUGUAGUUUGAUUUGAAACCUGAAUUGAAGGACAACUGGAAGUCUGUCCACAUGUCACUGAUAAACUGCACACAUAAAAAGCCUUUCUUCCCUCCCAGUUACCCUUAAAGCAUUCCCUUUAUUUAAUUUGAAAUGAAACAUUCAUUGCAUGACUGAAAACUAAGACUAUUAUUAUAGUUUUUGUUGUGAUUUGGCGUUUUAUUUCCAUAUUAAAAAGAAUGUAUUGUUUGUAAACUUUUACUAACGAUCUUGUUUUCUGAUUUUGUCUCUUUUGGUUUUUCCACAACUGAUAUUGUUAUUUAGAAGGUUUCAGGUGGGUGACACUAUUCCUGCGUAGGUGCCUGGCGGAAAGGAACACUAGGGCAGCCUCAGUCCCCUCUUCUUCCAGCCAUCCGUGACCAGCACUCUGACAAAGUCGAAAAAUAUGGCUUGUUACCUGAAAGCCAUUGAGACUCAGCCCAACUUUGCAGUGGCAUGGAGCAACUUAGGUUGUGUAUUCAAUGCCCAGGGAGAAAUAUGGCUUGCCAUACACCAUUUUGAAAAGGCAGUGACUCUGGAUCCAAAUUUCCUUGACGCGUACAUCAAUUUAGGCAAUGUUUUAAAAGAAGCCCGCAUCUUUGAUAGAGCUGUGGCUGGAUACCUGAGAGCCCUGAGUCUCAGCCCCAAUCAUGCCGUUGUCCACGGAAACCUGGCUUGUGUCUACUAUGAGCAGGGCCUCAUUGAUCUGGCCAUUGACACCUACCGCCGUGCUAUUGAACUGCAGCCCCACUUUCCUGAUGCCUACUGCAAUCUGGCAAAUGCCCUCAAGGAGAAAGGAAAUGUGUCUGAAGCAGAAGAGUGCUACAACACUGCUUUGCGUCUGUGCCCAACUCAUGCCGACUCCCUUAACAACUUGGCCAAUAUCAAACGUGAGCAGGGCAACAUCGAGGAGGCAGUUCAGCUCUAUAGAAAAGCCUUGGAGGUGUUCCCAGAGUUUGCAGCAGCUCACUCCAACUUGGCCAGUGUCCUACAGCAGCAAGGAAAACUCCAGGAGGCUCUCAUGCACUACAAGGAGGCAAUCAGAAUCAGCCCCACAUUUGCUGAUGCCUAUUCCAACAUGGGAAAUACACUGAAGGAAAUGCAAGAUGUACAGGGAGCGCUGCAGUGCUACACCCGUGCCAUCCAGAUCAACCCGGCCUUUGCUGAUGCUCACAGUAAUUUGGCCUCUAUUCACAAGGAUUCUGGAAAUAUCCCAGAGGCCAUUGCAUCCUAUCGCACAGCCUUGAAACUCAAGCCAGACUUCCCCGAUGCUUAUUGCAACUUGGCACACUGCCUCCAGAUUGUGUGUGACUGGACAGAUUAUGAUGAGCGGAUGAAAAAGCUUGUAAGCAUUGUGGCUGACCAGCUGGAUAAGAACCGCUUGCCUUCAGUGCACCCACACCACAGCAUGCUGUAUCCACUCUCUCAUGGCUUCCGCAAGGCCAUUGCUGAACGCCAUGGGAACCUAUGCCUGGACAAGGUACACGCACUGAUCGAAAUUAAUGCACUGCACAAACCUGCUUAUGAGCAUCCCAAGGAUCUGAAGGCCAGUGGUGGGCGUCUCCGUAUUGGCUAUGUCAGCUCUGACUUUGGCAACCACCCGACUUCCCACCUGAUGCAGUCUAUUCCUGGAAUGCACAAUCCUGAAAAAUUUGAGGUGUACUGCUAUGCACUCAGCCCUGACGAUAGUACCAACUUCCGUGUGAAAGUGGUAGCAGAAGCUCACCAUUUCACAGACCUCUCACAGAUCCCUUGCAAUGGCAAAGCGGCUGAUCGUAUUCACCAGGAUGGAAUCAACAUUUUGGUCAACAUGAAUGGAUACACCAAGGGAGCUAGAAAUGAGCUGUUUGCCCUUCGCCCUGCCCCAAUUCAGGCUAUGUGGCUUGGUUACCCUGGAACAAGUGGGGCUCCCUUCAUGGACUACAUAAUCAGUGACAAGGAGACGUCACCUAUGGAAGUAGCUGAGCAGUAUUCUGAGAAGCUUGCCUUCAUGCCCAAUACCUUCUUCAUUGGAGAUCACGCCAACAUGUUCCCUCACCUCAAGAAAAAGGCAGUGAUUGAUUUCAAAUCAAACGGACACAUCUUUGAUAACCGGAUCGUUCUUAAUGGCAUUGAUCUGAAGGCUUUCUUGGAUAGUCUCCCAGAUGUCAAAGUGAUCAAGAUGAAGUGUGACAACAACCAAGAAGCUGCUGGGGACACCAAUGGAGCUCUGUCCAUGCCUGUAAUUCCCAUGAACACAGCAGCUGAAGCAAUAAUCAACAUGAUCAAUCAAGGCCAAAUCCAAGUCACAAUCAAUGGCUUCACAGUGAGCAAUGGCCUGGCCACCACACAGAUAAAUAACAAAGCAGCAACUGGGGAAGAAGUACCACGCACAAUUGUAGUAACAACUCGUUCCCAGUAUGGUCUCCCAGAGGAUUCUAUUGUCUACUGUAACUUCAACCAGCUCUACAAGAUUGACCCCCCUACUCUUCAGAUGUGGGCCAAUAUCCUGAAACGUGUGCCCAACAGCGUGUUGUGGCUUCUUCGCUUCCCUGCUGUUGGCGAGCCUAACAUCCAGCAGUAUGCACAGAACUUGGGUCUUCCUGCCUCUCGCAUCAUUUUCUCUCCGGUGGCUCCAAAGGAAGAGCAUGUGAGGCGAGGCCAGCUGGCUGAUGUGUGCUUAGACACCCCUCUGUGCAAUGGCCACACUACAGGCAUGGAUGUUCUCUGGGCUGGAACUCCCAUGGUAACCAUGCCAGGUGAAACCCUUGCAUCCCGCGUGGCUGCCUCGCAGCUAAGCUGUCUGGGCUGUCCUGAGUUGAUUGCCCACAGUCGCCAGGACUACGAGGACAUAGCAGUCAAACUGGGCUCUGACAUGGAAUAUCUGAAGAUGAUCAGAGCACGUGUUUGGAAACAACGAAUCUGCAGCCCCCUUUUCAACACCAAGCAGUACACAAUUGACCUGGAAAGGCUUUAUCUGCAGAUGUGGGAGCACCACAGCAAUGGCAACAAACCAGAACACUUAGUCAAAAUGCAGUCAGUAGAGACAAGCGAGAAUGCCUAAACUGGAAGGACACUUCUUUAUUGUCUCAGAACUCUUUUUAACCAUUAUCAGCUACAUUAUUGAUCGGUUCAAACUCCAGUACCCUCUCCUUGAAUGACUACCUACAUCUCUCAUUCACUAUUAAUGGGACUCUUAAUUGCAGUGAGCCUACACAUGUUCACAUUUGUCCGCCCAGUUACAUGAAAUCUCUCAUCUGCAUUUCCUGAGCCAGAUUGAGCCUGAGACUUUUGAGGCAACUUGUCUGAGACUCUUGUCCUGAAACACUUUAUGUAUUUGGUAAGCAUGAGAGGAUUGUGAAUGCCCUGCUACCCCCUCACUACUUGGAACAGUGGAUUUUUCUUUUUCCUGUCCGUGUGCAUACAGGACUAAUUGCGGGUUGUGAAGAGAAUGCCCAUCAGUCGGUACUUUUUGAUUUAUUUAUAAAUGGAUAAACAGUGUUGUGAGUUUUAGGAUGACAACGUUGCACCAUUAAAAUAGUAACUUUGAUGCAAGUUACAUCAGCUUUAACUUACAAUUGUGAAACAACUUGCCUGAGUUCUGUUUGUUUUGUGCUGUCCAUAAAUGACUGCAACAAGUAGUUGUGCAGGAUUUGAAGAAUAUGACUUUUUCCCUCAGCAAAUGCCAAUUUUUAUUAAUUUCAUCCAUUAAGGAACAUGUUGUGUAGGUAUUGUCUUUUUAUGUAAGAAUAAGUUGAUUGUUAACAAUUGGAGAAAAGAACAUGAUACUGGUUAUUGGAAAAGCUCCUAAAUUUCAGUAAUUGAUGUCAAGGCUAUUCCGAAUUUUUUUUUUUUCCCCCUCUCUCCCUUAAUGACAAAACCCAGGAGCGGGCUUGGUAAGUAUUUUCUAAGCAGUUUUUGUUUUGUUUUUUAUUGUCUAACUGUAUGCUGUCAGUGAUGCUGCAAGUCUCUACAUAUAAUAAAAAUAGAGAUUGCAAAACUGUUGUACUGUGGUGUAUGUUCUUUGUUGUCAAAUAAAUUAAAAAAAACUUUG